ACUCCAACUGUACACUCUAAUAUCUAAUACUCGCGUUUCGCGACUUUCAAUCGUUCAUCCCCAAAUCCUGCGCCAUGAUGGCUGCUCGAUACGCCUUCGCGGCCUUCGCCAGCGCCGCUAUUGCGAGUGCACAGUCUACGACCGAUGACCCGUAUUACGAUUCCAUUUACUCCUCCAGUUACUCCUCGGCAGCCUUCUGGACUGUUACCGCUCGCUAUGCAGAACAAGUCACCGAGAGCCCAUAUACAUACUAUGACGACAGUGUCAUAACUGACACCUACACGUCAACGCGCACCAUCAAGGACGAUGUCAUUCCUACUGCUUCUCCCUAUCUCGUCACUACUUCUCGGGACUGGUACGACACCGAUGUUCAGAUUGUGGCAGCUUACUAUGCCACUGGUAUUGUGGCAGAGUCUGAUCUCGUUCCUGAGACUACAUACAACUACCAUUCAACUGCAACAACAACAUCAACAAGCACAAGUACCAGAUACAGUAUGCAAGUCACAAUGACUGCACCUGCUUCAUGUCCCACACCAUUUACCAUCACAACCACUGCCUCUGUCUCCAUUCCCACGCAAGUGACGGCACAAAUAUCUCCGUCUUCAACUGAGGCGGGUACGACGACUGACUCGUACGGUUCCGUCGUCUACAAGUAUGAGACAUGGUACCUCACAGCCGGCGCUGCACCUUUCCAUUCCUCCUCAGACUACUACUACGAAUACUACAUUGCCUCAUGUAGCACUCCACCACCUUCUCGUUCGACUGGCUCGAGCUCCGGCUCCGGCAGCGGCCGCUCAAGCUCUUACGACGACGAUUGCUACUACUACUGCGGAUCAUAUCUCAGAACCUACAUCAUCGUAAUUGCCAGCGUCAUCCCUGCCCUAUUUCUCCUCGGCUUCUUAGAAUCGUGGUUUUGGUUUCGCCGCCUCAUGAUGGGCAGGAGCGCCAUGCGCUUCGGUACCAUCUCCUGGGUCCUCAUCUCCCUCUGGAUUCUCUGCUUUACGCGCAUGCAGGACCGCCGCAGCAAAGAAGACCAGAAGCUACUCGCCGAGAAAUGGAAGAAUAUGGGUAGCGGUGCGGCUUUCAAGGCGUGGUGGAAGUGGGGGUUCCGACACAAGUACCCAGAGGAGUUACUGGGCCAGUUCAGCAAGACUACCGUAGGCAUUGUUCCUCCAGGUCAGCUACUGCACCCAGAGAUCUCGCAAAUACCUGCUGCUGGAGGACCUGCUGCCCCUGGUCAAGUUUACUACUAUGGUCCUCCACCUCCCGGUUGGGUCCAGGGACCAAACGGAGCCUUCGUACCCCCACAAGGCUACGUCUACCCGCCUCCCCAACAAGCUGGCUUCUACGGCGACGCUGCAAAAGACAGAAGCCUAGUGUCGCAUUCUCCCGUGUCGGCAAUAGGCCAUCCUCCUCCCGUUCAUUCCGCACAGGACGCUACACACAACGCUCCUCCCUCUGCUCCUCCUAGCCCGCCGCCUCAAGCCCCUCUACCCACUACUCCGGCCCCAGCGCCCCCUGCAAAUGUGAGCGAGGAGCCAGCAAGUACCGGAGCGAAUCAGCCCACUGCUCUGCCGCCAAAGAGUGAUCCAAAUAAUCGAGAUUUGUACGGAUAGAGAAAGAUUUCCAGUUUUCGAUCCCCCAAUGCUAGAUUUUGAUAAUUUUAAUGAGUACGAUUCGAUAACGGUCCUUACGGUUAAGGAAUACAUUGAGGCAUUUCUUCCAUUCUCUGAUGUUUUGGUUAGACGCAUAGCGUUUUUUUUUCUUUCAAGUUUGGCAUACGAGGAUACCCAAGCUUUGAUGAUUGCAUUUAUGGAAUAGACGAUUGGUUUGGAAGUAAUAGGAAUAUACUCGACUGAUUUACUCUACGAUCUUAUUGGAUUGUAGAUAAUCUACUACAUGAUU